AUGACUUUAUUUUAUCUGAUGGUGCUUAUUAACUGCCAUACUAUAUCUAAAAGUAUUGCAAACGACGAACGAUUGGAUGAGAUAAUUGAUAGUAUCAACGACUUUGAAUAUACCACCGAGCACAGCGCAAGACAUGACAGGUUCCACCACAAACACAGGCGAGAGGACGCCAAAGAGAUCACCACAAAGACCCAGAAGUCUAAGACUUCUUCUACACAGAAGACAACCAAACACGACAGCGAAAAGAGCAAGGAUUCAACAACCCACUCCCACGCGACGACCCAUGAGCUGGUUAAGAAUGUAGACAAGUCUGCAACUGCAGGCACCACUUUGGUAGGCGAUCUAUGGAGGCGAAUCCACUUGAAACUCAGCAGGAAGCUGGACAAACCCGCUAAGAAAUCCAAUGAAAAGAAGAGGAAAGCUCGUAACAAACAGAAGGAGAGGGAUAUAGUCGCUACUACCCCCGAUACAAGAGCUCUAAACGACUAUGAAUCAUUCAAACGACGCACUAACAAGCGACGUGCGAAAGCCAAAUUCGUUUACGACAAGAAAAAGCGACAUGCGCUUCAAGAUGACAAUAAUGAUAUCAAUGUGAAAUACAAUAUGCAGAACACCACGCCAACUGGGUUCACGGAGAAGUUGAAAAGACAAGAAACUUUAAAAUGGAAACCGAUUCGGAACAUGACAGAUAAUUUUAAAACUACAAGUUUUAAAACUUACGUACCGGUUUUCAGUGAGGAUAUUAUUACGGCGACAGAGAAACUUGGCACCCAUACUGAUAAUAGCUACAUGCCUAAUUGGGAUAAGCAGAAAAUAGUUGUAUACAAUUACACGCCUUACACGUCUGAAUAUAAUUCCAACAAUAAACAAGGUGCUCCCACUGAGUCUUUUAUGGAGGAAAUGACAGAAUAUGCUGGUACGGCAGCUAUAGAGGUCCUGCUAAACAAGAUAAAAAUAAAUGCUAUUAAAAUGAUAUCGGAACAGAACCCGUCCGUCAGUGAUAUUGUUACAAAUUCUGUCACCGAAACAACCUUCUCUUCAGAUCCCAUACUCUCCCAUAUCGACGUGGCUAAGCCGGAGGUCGGAUUUGUAAAAAAUGAGUUUGAAAAUGAAACAGCCUUUAACAGUCUAGAUGAAGCAGGCUUGAGUGAUAACGAAUCGCUAGCCGUAACUUUUGCUAAUGAUCACAAUAUUAACGCCAGAUCUGUUCGUGACAACUUGUACACUAUGGCUUGUGACAUAGAAGACAAACUUGAGAAGGAGAUCAAGUGCGCAUAUAAAAAAGCUAAGCACAAAUUCACGGAUCAAAUAUCGAAAGAAAUAAGCGAAGUUAAGCACGCCACCAAGAAAGUUGUUGAGCAAGCUUCGAAAGAGUUGAAGAAGGUGGCCGAUUACAUCGAGUCUUCAACUACAGCUAAAACUUGCAGUCACAAGAUAGAUAGCACAAAGCACUUACACAAGACAUCAAAGAUGACUACAUCUAGACACCACCGUGCGACAAGCACUGAAGACUUGGAGAAUAAGAUCCAGAGGAGUUACUCGACUAGAUAUCAUACACCCAUCACAACAGAGUACACUUUACCAGCGCUGGACGAUGACUAUGCAAUGCUGAAUCUAUUUGAAAGAGUAUUAGCUAAAACUCACGAAGAUAAUGUGAUGAAAAUGCUGACGACUCGAUCGCAGCCAAAGCGUCGAGCCUCUAGAACGAUCAAGAUUUCUAAGCGAAAUCUCGAGACACUCGAAGAUUUGGCUUUGAAGGAGAGUAUGAGGAAACUUGAUGAUGGUGAAGAGGUUCCGGACGAUCUCACUAUAUACGAUGAUGAGGUGGGAGGCAGCAACAACGGUAACAAUAGAGAGAGCGACAGCAAAGACUCCAAUAACACCAGCGAGAUUUACUACAGCAGCACCUUGAAUCCUACAGAAACCUUCAUCCACACUCCAGAUAAUUAUCGGUCUACCGAAGACACCAGCUUCGAAAGUCUGACUAACAAGCUAUCUUACAACGAAUUUGUGAAUGGAUAUAAGAGUUAUCUGAAGUUUGCUAAAGAGUUGAAUGAUCAGAAUUUUUCUGAUCACGUUCGCUAUCAAGCGCACAGACACCAUAGCGUUGACGACGUAGGGAAGUACAUCUUGAACAAACUCCCACCGGUGCCAAAUUACGAAUUCCCAUCAAGAAAAAAGAGACAUUUCUUUGACGAUUCCGAUUCAGAAGAUCAGGACAUAUCGACGAAGAGUGACGAGUCUUGGUUCAAGAAGCAUUUUUACUUGUUCCUCGAUAAUGGUCCCCAGAAGAAGUUUCAUACUUCGCAGACGGUGUCAUUGAAGUAUCCUGUCGGGGAACCAGAAACGACGAUAUUAGCAUCAAAAGUAGACAAAAGGACUGAAGCUUGGAAAGACGACGAUUCCACUUUCAAGUUCAAAAUUAGUUUCGAUGCUCCAGGCACUGAAAUGCCUGACGCAGUUGACCUUGAUGACAUGUCAAGGACUUUGGAGAAUGAGAAACAGAUGUACAGUGCAAACCAAACUCUGAAAGAGGGCAUGGUGAACACAGAAACAAAAGAGCAGGAGUUUAAUUUCAAAGAAGCCAUGGCCAACCCGGUAAACAUGAAAGAAUACAAACCAGAUACAAUGAAAGACACUUACCGGGAUGAAGUUCGCAUUGAAGAAAUGAGCACCACAGAAUAUGCUCGACCUUUAAACAACAUGGUUGUACUUAAAAGUGCACAGCAUUAUUUGAACAAGAUCCUCGGACGGUCUUCAAACAAACAUGCUUUUAAUGAGACUAAUCCUGAUGAGAUUAUAAUGGAUGUGACUUACGAUGAUGCUAUACAUAGAUAUAAGAGAAGCGAUACGAGGGAAGUAAAGGGUGUCCACUUAAAGAACUACGUGCAAAAAGACUCGUUUGAACACAGAAAAUCAACAGUACCAAACAAUUUAUUCGACCAAGCCGCUGUGAACCAUGAUGACACUUUGAAAUUCAAGAACUUUGGCUACGUGGACGUGGACUUAGUCGCAAAGUCGACGCAGAAGCAGAAGUCUAAAAAACCGAGUAAAAUAAAGAAGUUUUUGAACAAGUUGUGCCGCAGAAAGAAGAAGGAGAAGAAGAAACCAAAACGAGCUGCCAGGAAGGAGAGGUAUAAUCCGUUUAAGAGACUGAAGGAAAUGUUCAAGAAACCGUCGAGGGCGCCAGCGAACUUUGACGCGGAUUACAAUAUCAUUACCACUGAGUUGACAUCGUUUAAAGUAAUUAAGUAUGAUAAAGUACCAAGCAUGGCUGAAAUGUAUAAGCAAGUGCCAAAUAUAACAGGAGAGGAACGGGACGCGGACAAUAAUUUCAGAGUCAAAAUGAAGAAUUUCAACGUGAACCAAAAUCCUUUCCAAAUUAAUUUGCAGCAGACGACAGGCCCGUCCCAAGAAGCAUUCACUCCAUACAACCCAAUCUUCACUCAACCUUACAAACCCACAUUCAGCACAAAUUACAAACCUAUUUACAACCCAAACUACUCGAGUGACUUCCAAAACGAAGUGCCUACGCAGAACCUAAUGAGGAUUCCUGGACAUCAAAUGACAGUAGCCCCUGGAUCGUUUGACGAAUUUAUGAAAGCAAUAGACACCGGCUCGAAGAAAGCAAAAACACAACAGACCACAACUCCUAUUAAAACAACGUUGACGACUGUAAAAACGACUAGCAAAACUCCUAUGGUUGACAUCAAAAACGUUAAAAUGCCAGCAUUCGUUUCCCGACAGAAGUUCAGACCGUUGAUUGAAGACAUAACCGUUCAGGCAUUCACAAGAUCCCCUUCCAGGGCAACUAAAGAUGACUUCUUCAGAACUAAGAAUGAAUUCAACGCAGUCAUUGUCAAACCUCAAAUGAAAACCAACCACCACAAUGCUCGUUUGUUAGUAACAAGAGAGAAUAAAAAGAAGAUAUUGACAGCAGAAGAUAGAAGGAAGCUUCAGGAAGAAAUAAAGCGGUUGACUGAAGGAGCGAAACCUUCAAUACAAGAUCAGGAAGAAGCGAUGACAACUGAAGAAAGCAGGCUACAGCAAGAAGACGAAAAGAUUAUGAAUGAGCAAAAGAAAUUAGCAGCAGCAAAACCUGAAGAUGCAGCAAUGAUGACGUCUAAGAAGUAUCAAGCCUACCCUGAUUAUUUCAGUGAUUUCAUAAAUUGGCACAAAGAUAUUCUGAACAUGGACACCGUGUCCAACCCAAUGUGGGAAGAUGUCAUGAAGACAAUAGUCGAUGACGUAACAACUCCGAAUAUCAACAAACUAAGAGAGCAGCUUAUGCAGAUGAAAACUUACUUUGAACCUGACUCCAAAGCAGAAAAGAAGAAAGUGUUAAAAGUCACGAAUGAAUUGAAAGGAGUUCAGGAAAAGGCAAAGUCUAAAGCUAAGCAGAAGUUUACUUCGACAACAGCCACAGCGAAAGCCAAGGGCAAACAGGAGAGGACACAGAAAGAAGCAAAAAUGUUGUAUGAAUAUAAGAAGUUUGAGCACUAUAGUCCUAUGAAAGCCAAGUCCGAGACGCACUUUAACAACUUAGAAUACAAAUCGAGCAAAAACAACAAGCAAUAUAAAUCAGAUUCUGGGUCUAAUAAUGACAACUUUUUGACGAAGGAAAUGAAAAGCAAGCUUGCUGGCUUUAUGAAACAAAGUGCCAAAGCCCAAGCUGUUCUGACAUCAGUUGCGACAGCGAGCGAGAGAAUACCAGCCAAACUACAUGGAACAUCACCAAAAAUGAAGAUCAGCCCACCGCCUGAGCAGUACUUCACGACGCCAGUGCCAAUGCCUUCCACAGACUUCGACAAGUUUCUGAAAGAGAACCAAAUUGACGUCCAAUCCGUCACUUCGCCGUUCACAGAACUCUCUAGUUUCGAAGAAGACUUCCUAGCGAAGAAAGCUCACAAAUCUAAACUAAUGGACAUGAACGGUCAUACUGCUGUGCACGUAAAGCCGAAAAUUGGUCGUGUGCAUACAGCAAAGCCGAAUAAGGGUACCGCUAGAGGAAUGUUUGCUGACGAUUUUAAAAUUCUCACUGGUCUAUCUACAGCUGGACAGAGAGAAGACCCUGACAUAGACUACUUUGAUCAACUUGAGAGCAAUAUAGUCGAUGAUAACAAGAUCGCCAGAUCUAAACGGAUGGAUAUACUUUACGGUUCUGAUGUCGAAGACGAUUCUUCAAAGCCUAAAAGGAAGAUUAAGUUGUUCAAAGAAAACCAGGAUACUACUUACAACUCUGCAGAGAUUUUAGCCACGAGCAACAUUGGUCCUGAAGAUUUUGAUAUCACAAUUAUAGAUUUAGACGAAUCUACUCAAGACGAAGGAGGCGAAAAGGAAUUCGACGCAACAGCUCUCUAUCAGCAUUACACUGAGACACCAAAAGUCACAACUGAAAUAAAGCCGCUGGAUGACAUAGAAGCGAAGUUGAGACACAAUCAGAAAGUGACGAAACUAAAAGAAACUGCGAAACAAACCACUAACGCUACUACAACAUACUACAAGGACAAGAGCUAUACAAAGAUGAAACCUUUGCCGUAUGAUAACUACUUCCCGAAAUAUACGUCACAACAACCACAUAAGGCACACAAGGCGAAGACGACGAAAUAUACGACUACGACACCCGCGACGCAGACUGUGCCAGAAAUUCCAACGCGAUUCAUGAAGAAGUACCCAGAUUUGAAGUUUGAAGCUCAGCCGAGGAGACUGCAGAUCACCAGCCACUCCUACAAGUUUGACAUUCUGUAUGAUGAAACUGCAAAGAAGAAUAAGGAUCGAUAUGAUAGUAACAAAACACCGCGCCCGCAGUCAAAGAUGUUGGAAGAUGACAGUAACAUGCAAGAGGGCAGUAACGAUACAAUGUGGCGCAAGUGGAAGGCCAGCUCCAAACUGAACGCGACAUCUGACAACCUGAAGGCUGCGGAAUCCACCGACACCACGAAACGGCACCGCUUCAGAUUCAUACCACUCUUGCAGAAACUGCAUCUCAUAUCCAGCGGCAGUAAGAGCAAGUCGAAGAAACUGAAGGUACAAGACUCCCUGGACACCGCCACAGCGUCUAUGCCCACCCUCGCACUUACCACCAACCAGCACACAACAGAAUCUGAAAAAGCAGAAUCAGUAAAAGGUAAAACACAAAAAGAAAAAAGUAGAAAGAAACGUCAUAUAAGCGACGAAAACCUGAUUGAACUGGAACUUGAUGCUCUGGAGAAACUAAUGAAAGUGACAGAUAGAUCCAGAAAAGGAGUCCACGGUAUGGUUCCAUCACAGAUUCCGAAUCCAGACGACAUAUCCGUCAUGUUCCCAGUCGAAAUGCACUCUCAAGACGGAGUAACGAUACUGACAACCAACGAACCGGUAUACACAAUAUUCACAGCGAAACAACCGCUAUGUACAGAGUUGUUUUUGAAGAAUUUGCAGCCUUUAAAGCAUAGAGAAGAGCCCGUUGCAACCACACACACAACUAAAGCAAAAGAGAAAUUAAAAGCAAAGCAUAAAGCAAAAGUUAAAGCAAAUGAGGGGGAUAAAAUACUAGAAACGGGUACAUUAGACGAUGAUGUUAUAGCUUGGCUGUUAAGCUCUUCGUAUGUACCACCCUUGCAAACAGCCCUUGCAACUAACAAAAUAAAUCUGACAACAAAAGCACCUCUAUCAACAACCUCGGUGAAGUAUAAGAAACUACUGCAGAUGCCCAAAAAACUCAAAAUGCCGAAAUCGAAAUUGUCAAUGGCCACUUUAAUCAAAUCCGUGAAACCCGAAAUGUCAUACGAAGCAGAGAUGUUUGUACAGCAUCAAGUACAGCAUGAGGCGACGACCAAAAAAACUCGGUUAAAGAAAAGAACUGUCCACGACAGCGAUGUUGUUUACACAGCUAAAGACGUGGCCGCUCUAGAAGUCAUCGUCGAUAUGAUGAAAGAGGGCGCUGGAGACGAUCUGAAGAACAGUUUCAUCGCAAAAUCGACGACACCAGCUAAAGCGAGCCUUAAUACCAACUCCAUACAAGUUCAUAUCGCAAUUCCAUACAGCAUAGACGACAGGAGGAGAUCCGCUGAUCCAUCAAGGUUGAGAAAAGUAUUCUCAGCCAAAAUGUAUACGCCAGUUGACUUGGAAUAUCAGGUACGUUCAUACGAAAUACCCGGCCAAACGGCCUCGUACGCAGUGACACCUAGAGGCAAUGACAACGUCAUAUCGCCAGGAAUGUAUCUGCUCGUAGAAAAUAACAAAGCUUACGACUCGUCAGCUUUUGCGUUGAAACCAGUGAAAACAGAUUCAGUUAGACAGGUUAACAUUAACAGUAGUCUUGCGCCGCCGACUGUCACUACGUCGACAAGCCCAAAGAAUCUGGCGAGAGUCACCCUCACGAAAGACUUCAUUCAAUCCGUUAAUGAGCAACUUUUGAAACUUUAUCAGAACCUGAGCGCCAAAACGCAUUGGCAGCCGUUCAAUCGUAAGCCAAAACCUAAGGGUAUUAAUUGGGAGUCUGUUAAGGAAUAUUUUGGCAACGAAAGAGUGUGUUCUUGUAAGUGUAAGACUAACUCGACGAUGUGCAAAGCAUGCGCCGCUAGUGACGCUGUGAUAUCCGAACUGAUUUUCGAGUUUGACAAUCUGGCUAAAUACAUGAACGACCACUGCACCGAGAUACAGACGUUCUUCUGGAUGAACCCCAUCGGUGGCAGGAAGCUCAGAGACCUGGUGAGACGAAUCGACAAAAACCUAAACAACUAUUACAAACGGGUCAAGGGGAAAUGUCAAGGACGAACUUGCAGCACUUUCCACACUUACAUUGACAAAAGGGAGUUCAUUAUCCCGUACGAGCCCCGUUACAAAGUAGACCUGUCGCUCUUGGAAGAUUUCGAAGAUCUUGCGAACGAUAUCAAAAGGGCCGGUAAAUUGAGGCUUUGCAGGAAAAAUGAGAUGCUUCGUGAAAAGGCGGAUUAUCUCGCCGAAAUAACUCUGAAUUGUCUUAACAAAGUACUUAUAAAAAGAGAAGAUGAUUAUAUAUCGUCAUCAACUGACAAAACGACUGUUAUUAAAAGUGUGUAUGCUUUAGAUAACAUAAAUGUUAACAUUAUAUGUAGACAAAGUAGGCCUGAUGAGUCUACUAAGUCCUACAUAAUGGGAAAUUUCGAAACGCCGUCAGCUGUAGUGUUUCUUACAGAACCAAAUCUUUCAGCCGAGUUUCUUCAUUAUGACGAUGACGAGGUCAAAUACGCAAAGAAACCUAAGGGUCUGAAGAAACUGUUUUGGAAGAAAAAGAAACAUCAAUUCAAAAGAACGAAAAACAAAAGGGGGACCGAUGUCGAUGUUCAAAUUGAGUCAUCCCUUAACGCUCAACCUGGUGUUUACUCAAAUUCAGAUGCUGAUUUGAACAGUGAUAAAGCUACCAAUGGUAUUAGAUGGAAUAUUUUGGAUAAAGAUGCAAGGCAUGGCAUUACUUUUAAGCUUAAUGCAUCGGCGACAAUAGACAAUAUUGCAUCGGCCAAUGUCACUCAAGCAUCUUUACAUAAGCAUACCGAAACUCAUAUCCAAUCGCGUUCGUUUGACGAUUUUACUACUGAAUAUGACACCACAAUAAAGAACGAACUAUUAAGUUACAAUAUGAAUGAGCUCAUGAAAGUCUUCGACAGUUUACCCGGUGCGCAAGAGGUGAAAAACAUAACAGAAUCAUACUACGAAACGACAAUGUUAAAAAAAGACAUAAUUGAAAAAGAAAAAUGUCCACCAACGCCUACUCAAAAACCUAAAACAGUAAUAGUGAAACCGAAAAAACCGGAUAAGCACAAGAUGAAGAUCUGUUGUAAAAAGAAAGAUAAAGACAAGGAUAAAGAUAAGGACAAAAAGAAACCUUGCGAUAAACCAUGUGAAAGCAAAGAAAAGGAACCAAUCCCAGACAAGAGUGAUGAAGAAACUGAGUGUCCUGUAGCAAAAGAUAAAGGCGAAGACACAAAACCAUGUAAAGAGAAAAAACCGUGCAAAGAAAAGAAACCAAAAGAAGAAAAGCCAUGCAAACCGUGUAAACCAUGCAAACCAUGUGAGGAAGAAAAACCUGAAGAGAAACCGAAAGAAGAAAAGCCAUGCAAACCUUGUAAACCAUGCAAACCCUGCAAACCGUGUGAACCAUGCAAACCAUGUGAACCAUGCAAACCAUGUGAGGAAGAAAAACCAGAAGAGAAACCGAAGGAAGAAAAACCGUGCAAACCUUGUAAACCAUGCAAACCGUGUGAACCAUGCAAACCGUGUGAACCAUGCAAACCCUGUGAACCAUGCAAACCCUGUGAACCAUGCAAACCGUGUGAGGAAGAAAAACCAGAAGAGAAACCGAAGGAAGAAAAGCCAUGCAAACCUUGUAAACCAUGCAAUCCAUGCGAGGAAGAAAAAACAAAAGAAAAGCCUUGUAAACCCUGCGAGGAAGAAAAAACAGAAGAGAAGCCGCCUUGUAAGCCUUGCAAAGAAGAGAAGCCCAAAGAAGAGAAGCCUAAACCCUGUAAACCACCAUGUAAGGACAUAGAUGAUGAAACCGAGAAACCAUGCAAAGAGCAAGACGACGAAACAGAAAAACCUUGUAAAGAUGAGGCUGAUGAAACAGAGAAAAAGUGUAAAUGCAAAGAACCAUGCAAAUGUAAAGAAAAGCCACUUCCGAAAUGUGAAGAAGAAAAAGAUGAGAAGCCAUGCAAGUGUAAGCCGUGUUGCGAAGAACCACCGCCUCCACCACCGCCACCGCCACCACCGCCACCACCGCCGCCUCCACCACCAUGCAACUGCAACUGUGAAGACGGCAACGGGAAAUGUAAAUGCAAACCUUGCGAAUGCGACAAAAUACCCAAAAACGGAAACGUUUCCGAUACUGAAUACUUUGAUGGAAUAUCAACUAUCAUAGACAUGCCACUCGUUAAAACAACAAAAAGAACAUGGCUGCAGAAGUUGCGAUCUAGAAUCACAAGAGGCGAAGAAGAACCCGAAAUUACAACAAGAAACCUAACCCAUAUAGUCAGGCAAAACAGAUCACCAACAGACAAUAAAAAGGAGACAGGACGGCAUGUUAUAUCUGAAGCAACAACUACAAGUUAUCCAACAAUAUUUAUCAUGGAAGAAUUUGCCGAUAACGGUACAGGAGACAUUGAAGACAAAGAUAAAUUACUAGUCACAAUAUUACAGUAUGAGAAAAGGAAAAUCAACAGCGAACUGAAGAGGUUCGAAAAGAAACACGCUGUGAAUAACAGCGUGCCUCUAGAAGACGAUAUGAGUGAUGUAUUUAUUGUGGAGCACACGAAAGCAUUAUACACCACGAGGAAACCGAAGACCAAGCUGGAGUAUGAGCAUGCCGAGGGUGAUUACUGCAUGUUCGAUAUGGGGAAGAAAACGACUAAAAGCUCAACAAAGUGGGGGGCGCUGGAGAAACUCCUGGACGGGUUUCGGUGGAAGACCACGCACAAGAAUCAGUUAUACAGCGUAGACGGAUUUGGAGGCCUAGGUGACCGCUCGGGUGGUACGCGGCUAGUAAAGCAAAAGUUGUCUCGAGCAGGCAGCCGUCCCAUCAAGGAAGUGGACCCUCAGCUCACCGGCGAACUGACGUGGAUAAUGGCGGAAAGCGUCAGCACACUUCUCGCCGAGGACAUGUCGACGAUAUCCAAGAUGAUGACGUCGAGCGAGCACACCUCUACCUCCUCAAUGAACGUGACUGUCACGUCCUCCCCCAUCCCGUUGCUGACCAACGCCAACGACACCACCCCCGAGGCUCCCACCACCACCCUUCACCACCACAAGGAAACAACAACGCAGGCAACGACACAGAAGAAUGAGAUUUUUGGAGUGUCGGGGGUAUGA